AGGCGAACUUGAACUUCCUGACUUCAUAUCUUCAAUCUCCUCGUCGUCGCCCGUCAAGCUACACUCUCCCCUCUUCAGCUGCCCCUCAGGCUUGCUGCUACUCUACGCGCUCCGGAUUUCGCUACUCGCGUCCCAUUGACCUCUUCUCCUUGUUUGGGAGUGUCUGGCUGCCUUUCGCCGUCUUCUAUUUCUUUCCGCCCGCCCGCCAUGGCUGCCCUGCGAUCAACCUCGCGCCUCAUGGCCGCCUCGAGGCCACUGUUCCGACCGGCUGUCUUCUCGCGAUCCUAUGCCACCAUUGACCCCGUCGCGGGCUUCACGGAGGCCACCUCCAAGAGCACGCAGCCCGUCUCUGAGAAGAAGUCCCCGACUGUCACGGAUCCUAAGCCUUCUGAGAACCCCAGAAUCAAGACUUUCCACAUCUACCGAUGGAACCCGGAUACGCCCACGGAGAAGCCCCGGAUGCAGUCCUACACGCUGGAUCUGAACAAGACCGGUCCUAUGAUGCUCGAUGCCCUGAUCCGGAUAAAGAACGAGAUCGACCCCACCCUCACCUUCCGACGAAGCUGCCGUGAGGGUAUCUGUGGUAGUUGCGCCAUGAACAUUGAUGGAGUCAACACCCUGGCCUGCUUGUGCCGUAUCCCCACUGAGACCGAAAAGGCUUCCCGGAUAUACCCUCUGCCGCACACCUACGUCGUCAAGGACCUGGUCCCUGACCUGACCCAAUUCUACAAGCAGUACAAGUCCAUCAAGCCUUACCUCCAGCGUGAUACCAAGUCCGAAGAUGGUCUGGAGAACCGUCAGUCCCCCGAGGACCGCCGUAAGCUCGACGGUCUGUACGAGUGCAUCCUGUGCGCAUGCUGCUCGACCUCUUGCCCUUCGUACUGGUGGAACAGUGAGGAGUACCUGGGCCCGGCCAUCCUGCUCCAGUCCUACCGUUGGCUCGCCGACUCCCGUGACGAGCGGACGGCGGAGCGCAAGCAGGCCCUGGACAACAGCAUGAGUGUGUACCGAUGCCACACCAUUCUCAACUGCUCGCGGACCUGCCCCAAGGGUCUCAACCCGGGUAAGGCCAUCGCCGAGAUUAAGAAGAUGAUGGCUGCUGUUUAGCGGAUGAAUUGUCGGCGUGGUAGCCGUUGAUUUUCUCUUGUUCCUUCUCUUCCCCGGCCGGGAGUUGAACUGUUUCUAUAGUGUACCUUUGUCCUGUGUCAUUGUCAGAAACACAAAUAGCGAAUCCGAUGGUAUUUCCUUUGUGUCCGCUGCCGUUGGUUGUUCUCGAGUAUCUAGUAUAAUUGGCGCAGGUGGCCUGUAUGUAAAAAGCUCGUCACAGCUGAAAUCAAGCUCAUUUCUUCUCA